AUGGCUGUCCCAUCACCACCUUUCUGUCUUUCAAAACACCCCUUCUCCAAUCCCCCUCCGUUGGAUCCCUCUAAAGCUUCCGUCUUGAUCUUUGGUUCUAAGGCAAAUUUAGGAGGGAUUGGGCAAACCCAUUUGAGAUUGGGGGCUAAGUUGAAGACAAAUUCAGAUUUCAAAUUACAGGCUUCCAGGGAGCCUCCUGGAUUGACUAAGGAACUUCAAAGUGAGAAAUUGGAGCGCAUGGCAGGAGUUGAACAUGUUGAUUUAUUUGAUGAGAUGAAACAACGGUUUCUGAGCUUUAAAAAGCAUAAAUACAUGAAAGACUUGGAACUCUAUGAAAAGCUUGCCAAGGGUCAAUCACCAAAGUUUAUGGUGAUUGCUUGUGCAGACUCAAGGGUUUGCCCUUCAUCCAUCUUAGGAUUCCAGCCUGGUGAAGCAUUUGUUGUUCGCAAUGUUGCAAACAUGGUGCCACCAUAUGAGAAUGGUCCGUCUGAAACAAAUGCGGCCUUAGAGUUUGCUGUAAAUUCUCUUGAAGUUGAAAAUAUUUUAGUAAUUGGUCACAGUCAAUGUGGAGGCAUCCGCGCUCUAAUGAGUAUGCAUGAUGAUGUAGAAACAAGUAGCCUCAUUGGAAGUUGGGUUUCUGUGGGGAUGAAUGCAAGAGUGAAAACAAAGGCUGCCACUGAUCUUCUGAACUUUGACCAGCAGUGCAAACAUUGUGAAAAGGAAUCAGUCAACUGUUCAUUGGUAAACCUCCUUAGUUACCCUUGGGUAGAAGAAAAGGUGAGGAAUGGAAAACUCACUAUUCACGGUGGCUAUUAUGACUUCGUCCACUGUGCAUUUGAGAAAUGGACACUGGAUUACAAGGAAAGCAAUCUGAAGGACAAAAGUGGGAAAGUUGCAGUAAAAGACCGAGCAUUUUGGGGAUCUUUGAAAGCUGAUUGUGUUAAAGUUGUGCAAGCAAGCAUCAUAGCCAUUGCUGUGUCCACAACCAUGGCCAAUCAUUACCUCCCAUCAUUUAUUUUACCACUUAUGAUGAUCAGUAUGUCAUUGAUGAUCAGCCAGACAAUUCUGGUAGAGGCACGCCAACUUCUGGAGGUAUCAUUGCCUGAGCUUCCCAAGCCUGAAUUGCCUGAAUUCCCAAAACCUGAACUGCCAAACUUUGAAAUACCAAAAUUUGAAAUGCCACCUUUUCCCCAUUUUCCUGAGCUGACUAAGCCCACAUUGCCAACUGUUCCCAAGGACAUCAACCCAUCUCACUCAACUACUAGUCCUUGA